AUGCCGCAACAUGCGCAAAGGUCUGAGACGGUGCUGGGAAAGCACGAGGAUAUGUUCGAUCCCCAGGAUAUUGAUCCAGAAAAUAUUGAUCCAGAGGUGUCAGUGACCCUUGACGACAACAUUCCGUCUGAAUUUCCACACUCGUCAGAGGAGGAGGAAGAGCAAGACAGAGUUGCCGAGCUGAUGCAACGGUGCAUUGACUUCAUCAACGAGAUGCAGGCGACGCGGCCAGACAUACUGCGUGGAGUCCGUGUUUGGAAGCUGUUGCGUUACUUGCCGUCGGCGUGGCUACGAGGCAAGCGCAAGGAUCUGCACAGGUUGAGUCAGCAGACAACGCAGUUCGAUCAGUUUUGGUCCCACAGCUGGCAGGGGUCGGCGUGGACCAAAUAUGCCAACAUGCUUUACCUGCAUAAUUGCAUUCCGGCAAGCAUAGCAGGAACAUUGAGUGCAAGCGUAGCCUGUGGCCUCGUCUCAGCAGGAUAUCUGGGUGCACAACAGGCAUGGUGCUCUGUCUUCGGAUUUGUGGCCUUUUGCAUGACCUUGCUGAUCUGGCAUCCGCAGAAGCUGGUGUUUCUAGACAUCGCAUGCAUUCAUCAAACUCACCAAGACCAAAAGGGACAAGCCCUGCUUAGUAUGGGUGCAUUUUUGAAGCAGUCGAAGUCCAUGCUGGUUCUGUGGGAUCCUACGUGGGUGACCAGACUGUGGUGCAUCUUCGAAAUCGCUGCUUUUCUGCACAGCCGCAGUCCCGGUUGCAAGCCAGACCUUCAGAUCGUUCCUCCGUUGUUGGGGCCGGCGCUUCUGGGAUGUGAGGUGCUGUUCGGCAUAGCAUGCUUUAUAUACUAUUAUAUAGAAUCGGCCUUGUCCGCUUCAGAAGAUGGAAUACUCGUGGGAGAACUCUAUGUGGUGGUCGCAUCCGCUCACGUCCUGCUGUUCGUAGGCUUCGUGACGCAUGCUUUGCGCGGACAUGGCCGCAACAUCGAUACAUUGCAAAGGCAGCUCCGUGGGUUCAAGGUUGAGCAUGCGAGAAGCGCUUGCUGCGAGCUCGGCCAUAAGAGCAAUUCUGCGAGUCUCACUUGCGACAGAAAGGUCAUUCACACGUGCAUCGCAGCAUGGUACAGCUCGCUGGACAGCUUCGAAUUGCAAGUGCAAACUGACGUGCGGCUGGCCAUUAUCGAUCAGCUUGCAUACGAAACCAUCACUUAUCAACGUAUCGUGCUUCUUUCCACUCCGUAUGUUUGGCUUCGUCUUCAUUAUGCAGCUAGCCACGCAGACGAUCCUAUCCGAUCGGUAGUCGACAUGGCCCAAACGUUCACUUACUUGCUGGCAAUCUUCCCUUUGGUUGACAAAGUGGGCAUCCGCUUGUGCUAUCGCUGGCGCGCGCGGUGUGGCAGGAUCUACUUGGACUUCUUGCGAUCGCUGGCCGUCGUGAUCGUGGGCAUGUCGUGCUACAUCGCUUGUUACGUGAUCCAACUCUACGUCUUCCGUCAAAACGACCGGGGACUUCUCCUGAGUGUGAUCUCAAUGCUUUCAUGGUGGACUGUCGCAGCCAUGCUGUGGCGGUUCAUUUGA